AUGAGUAAACUAAACAAAUUCAUAAGUUACACUAUAAGAGGAGCAUUAUUUGGAGCAACAAUAUUUGGUUCACAAGAAUUAGGUAUAUGGAAAGAUGGUGAAACAUCACGUGAAGUGGCAAAAAUCAUCAUCGCAAUUUUAACACCUAUUGCCAAAAAAGCAGAGUCUGAACUGCCAGCACAAGUAAAAUCAUUGCCAUCUGUAGAAAAUUUAAAAUCCACAUCUACGGCAUGUUGGAAUAAAGGUGUGUACAACGCUGGCGAGUUUGUUAUUGAUGUACCUAACAAAUGUGUCGUCGCAGCGAAUAAAGCGUAUGAAUUGGUUGAGAUACAAAUGAAUAAAUCUAAGGAAAAUUAA